UCUUCCUCAAACCAACACCUAGACGAGUUUCCAACUUUUGCAAAGCUGUCCUAUUUAAACUCUGUCCCCCUUUUGCACCAUUGAACUUUGAAACAACCAACGCCUGAAUUGUUUAUUCUGAAAAAAAAAGGACUAGGAAAACAACAUUGUUGAGUCGGAAAAAUGUCGUGGCAAACCUACGUGGAUGAUCACUUGAUGUGCGAAGUUGAAGGCCACCACCUCGCCGCCGCGGCUAUUCUCGGUUUUGAUGGCAGCGUUUGGGCUCAAAGCCCCGCCUUCCCUCAGUUUAAACCAGAGGAAAUUGCUAAUAUCAUGAAAGAUUUUGAUGAACCUGGAUUUCUUGCUCCCACUGGGCUAUUCCUUGGUGGGACAAAGUACAUGGUCAUCCAAGGAGAACCUGGUGCUGUCAUCCGUGGCAAAAAGGGAUCUGGUGGGAUAACCAUCAAGAAAACAAACCAAGCUCUGAUUUUUGGGAUCUAUGAAGAACCAGUGACUCCAGGACAGUGUAACAUGGUUGUUGAGAAAAUUGGAGACUACCUCUUUGACCAGGGUUAUUGAAUUUCAUAAAUCCCAUUAUUAAUUUUUUUGUGUUUGGUGAUUGCAUCUCCAUGUUAUAUGGCCAAAGUGUUACUGGAACUUUUUACCCAGAAAAAUAACUAGCCUAACGGUUGCUAUUUCCUCUUCGCUUUAAAUUUUGUGAUAUUUUACUGAAAGAAGUGUUGUGUGUUGAUCACUUGUUUAGCCUUUUAUUGGGACCGCGUCUGUAAUAAAAAUAUGUUUUAAUUGGAUUUC